AAACUAAACGCCACUUGAAUUCAGUUGGAUGAUGAUUCUGAUGCUUGAUAUAUAGAUACACAAGGCAAGUACAGACAUCAUUCCUUAAUAAGUGGUUCUCUUUUCUUUUCUACUGAACACAAACUUUGAUGAUAGGUUUGAUUAAAUGGUUUUGUUCUAAAACCCAUCAAAAGAAAAUGUCCCAAAAGUCUCAACUCAAUCAAUUCUGAGGGGUCCAGCCAGUGAGGAAAAAGAUGCAACCAACGGUGCCAUUCAUGGCUGUCAAAUUUCCGUAUGAAAAAGCAAAGACUGGAUCUGGUCUGACCUAUGGCUCAGUACCUCAGUAUGAUGAUGCAAAGUUGGUAGUUUCCCAUACACUUGAUGAAGAAACCAUGGGAAAAGAAACAUCCCUUCACAAUGGAUGGCCCCCCAACGUACCACCAGUUGCAGAGAUGAAUGUUGGGGAGCCUUUCACAGUUGAAAUGGUGGAUUUCAGUGGAGGUGGAAUCAUGCAGGACUAUUAAAGGAAGACAUUAAUCAUGCUGAUCAAUCUAUUGUACAUUAUCUAGGUGGGUCAAUAAGGGUCCUACCAAGACAAGGAUGGCAUACCAGACAAGCCAGGUGAAUUUCUUGCAGCUGAUGAAAUCUGUAACUAGGGUCCUCUACAAGGAGAUGAAUUUUUUGACACACCAUUUCCCUUGCACAACCCAAGCGAUUGGUGUUUUGAAGGAAUUUAUGACUACUCCCCUCGCACAGCAGCUGCAUUUUUUAUCUUCUGCCUAUGUUCUAUCUGAAAACUAUCUUCAGCCUAAAUAAGAAAUGUUUUUACCAAGAGAUUCUUAAAGGUAUUUUCCUGAGUUUCUACGUUUUUAUCUUAACAAUGAAAAUGGUUUCAUUUA